GAGACCAGGAGAGUGGCAGCCGAAGCCCCUCUCCCAUGUUCAGUCAUUGAUGAGCGGCCGAGGAGUGAGUGUCGGCCCACAGUGCAUAAUAUAUUUAUUUCUGGCAGCGGCGUGGUCUCUCAUUGUCAGUGCGCAAAUUGGAUUCAGUGCUUGAAAGAGGAUUACUGUGCUGCAUUACUGAUAACCGCUCUUGGACUUGAAAUAUGUAAUAAGGUGCAUCACCCAUUUUGAAUGCUAGAAGAAAUGCCCUCAGCGGCGCAGCUCUCGCGUCUGCUGGAUCUCGGCGCCGACGCCGGCGCUGCCGAAGAGUCGGAAGAGUCCUCGACGCCACCCGGCCAGUCCUUUCGGCGUGGCAAGAGUCGCGUUUACCACGCGUCCGAGUGGCCCGCAGAGCAGCAGGAUGAGUGUCUGUGGUCACCGGGUGCCUGCGGCCCCGGGGGCCAGGGCAGCCCCCAGCAGGGUCCGCGGGGUUGGCAGCUGGUGGUGUCGGGCCACGCCGGGCCCCCAAGCCACAAGAGCCAGGACUCGGGCUUUUCAGACUCUGAAUCGGAGGCGUCGCCCCUCGAGCUGAAGCCCCUACCCAGGGCGAGGGGCUCGCCCACCCCAGGCACCCCCUUGCAGUGUUCCACCCCCAAGACGGCCAGGGGCACACUCAGGGCGCGUCUCGUAAACCGCAAGAGCAGCGAUAAGGUUAAGAGCAAGCGGCCAGGCGAGGAGACGACCUUAGCGCCGGUCAACCCGGCCCUGGAUCUGCUCCUGACCACGAGAAUAGUCGGGAGCGAGGUUUGUCGCGAUCCAGUGGAGCAGUGGUUGCAGGAGACGCGCUACCGUGUUGAAGCCGAAUGCACCACGACCCUGCAGGGCAAGGCAAUCGCCUCCAGGUUAGGUGGCGCCUGCUCCAGGGUGGUCGGUGCCAGGGAUGCCGUCAGGGCCCUCCAGCAACAGGCGCACGUCAUCUCGGCGGAAUUCGCAAGGCUCUGCCAGCACAUGGAACUAGAGCGUCUCGAGUCCUGUCCGGACCUGGCGGACAGCUUAAUCACGCAUGUGGAUGCAUUUGUGCGUGGCUACCAGUCUCAUCAAGCGGCGUGUGCGGACGAGGUGCGGCCCUCCGAAGAGCAGGAGCGUCUCGCCAGGGAGGAAGCCACUCUGGUGGCCGCAUGCAACCGGCUAGUAGCUACCUGUGCCUGCUCAGGGCCACCCAGCAAGGAACAACUGGCGCUGGACGUGGCAGCCCUCGGACACUCGUUCACCAGACUUGUGGAUCGGGUGCUCAGCCACGAAAUCAAGGCGCUUGUUUCUCUCAUCGAGCAGUCCAGUCCCUCAGAACUUGAACUCAGGUCUGCAUUGGCGAGCAUCGCAGCUUUGGGCCUGGAAGGCAGCCAUUUGUGCAAACUGAUUGCUAAGUGCGGAGCCGUCAGGGCGCUCCUGGCAGUCUGUCUUGAUGCCACCAAACCCAACCUCAGAGUUGCCGCCCUCAGGACGCUGGCCAUCGUUUGCAGCGAGGUGGAAGCCGUCAGGCACCUGGACCAGGAUGGAGGAGUGGAGAUCCUGGCAGACAUCCUAGCAGAAAACCAAAGAAGCGAGGAGGAGCGAGCAGAGGCUGCCUCCGUCUUAACGCAGGCCUCCACCCUCGGAGUGGACGGCAGCCUCACCAUCGAGUCGCUACCUGACCACCUAGACUCGCUGGUUACCUCAUUAUCAAGAAUGGCAAGUGAGACGCGGAAGGGCGAGUCCCUGCUGCUUGCCCUGGCCACCCUGACCAACCUUUCGUUCCUGGAGCCGCGGCAGUGCGUGAUGCUGCUCGUGCAGAAGGACGCGGCCAACCAGUUGCUGGCCGCUGUUCGCAGCGGCGUGUCCUCAUCUCUCUUUGUGCAGGAGCAGGCGGCCACCCUUCUGGCCAACAUGGCUGCCGUGCCUGAGGCCAGGGCAGAGCUGGCCGAGAGUGGCCGUGCAGUAGUCGCCCUGCUGUGCUUCCUACAAAUUAGGUCGAGUCCGCUCCAGCGAUCUGCAGAGAUUUCUGCUGCUGAAAGGGUCCAACAGAAGUCUGCAAUCGCUUUAUCAAGGUUGUGCAGUUCCCAGACAGUCGCUCAACAGAUUGUAGAGUUGCAAGGGGCUGAGCGUCUAGUUCGCCUGUGCAAGGAUGAAAAGGAAAGGAACCACAGUGAUGCGGUGCUUGUUGCCUGCCUUUCUGCGCUCAGGAAAAUCGCUUCGCAUUGUGGGCCAGAGGUAAUUGAGAAGCUAGGUGCCGAGGAACUGGUGGCGCCCAGACUCCUGGACUCGUUCUUGCUUUACUCAUCCCGCCAAGAGAGCUACGUGUGAACUCUAAAGCACCAAAAACUCUAAAGUGAGAUCAAUGACAUCAAGUCAAAAUCGUGUAAUCUAUAUACACACACUGGUGUCCUUCAUAUGUUUAAUUUUAAGAACUCCUUUUUUAAAAACAUUAUGUAUUAUUUGUCUUGAAGAAGCUACUGAUUAAAGAUGAAUAUUUUAAUUAAAUUAAAAAUUCUAUAUUUUUC